GUCGGCGUCCGCACUUUUCCGGGUUGGACUCCGUUUCUCACAGGCCUUGGGGGGAUUCAUAAACUUCGGUCUCUGGUUCUUUUUCCGCUAGCCUUGUGGUCAUCGAUUUCCGUGCGGAGGGAAACCCUGAAGAGUACUGACAGGUUCUCAACCAUUUUAAACAAUGGCUUUGGAAUGGGGAACGUUCAGGAAAGCGGCCCUAGAGUUCACUCAGGAGGAGUGGAAUAUCUGGGGUUCUGCUCUGAGGGAACUGUACUGGGAUGUGAUGAUGGAAAACAGCAACUUAGUCUUACUGGAAUGGAGACGUGUAAAUGGGACAAAGCACUCCUGGGAUAUGACUAUGAGGGAGAGAUGGAGAAAUAUGAUCCAUAAGGGUGAGCUGGAGAUGGAAGAAAGGACACAGUGUAACACGGGGACCUCCCUUCUUGCCAUAUAG